UAGAAACUGUGACACAGCCUGAGUGUGUUUCUCAGACUGAAGUUACAGGACGUGACACUGUUGCAGGUUCCCUUCAUAUCAUCAUCACCAUCACCAUCACCACCGUGUCGUCCUCUGCACCAUGAAGACAAUGACUGUGUCUGCACUCGUCUGUGCCGUGGUGGCUCUGACUACAGCUACUGUUCUCCCAGCAGCAGUGGACAAGACUAAUCAGACAGCAAAGAUUCUCCUGGUCAAGAGGUCAGCGAGUUGUUCCGGAGGUUGGACUGCUUUCCAUGAUCGCUGUUACAACUACGUUCCGAAACCUAUGAGCUGGGCUAGAGCUGAGAAACACUGUGAGUCCGUCGGUGGAAACCUGGCAUCUAUCCGCAACAUCAUGGAGUAUCAUGACAUUCAGAGUCUGAUCAUGAAAAGCAGCUAUGAGUAUAAGGAAGCAUGGGUGGGAGGCUCAGACGCACAGGAGGAGAAUCAGUGGUUGUGGAGUGACGGCAAACCUUUCCACUACACGAACUGGUGCCCUGGAGAGCCUAAUAACCACGGUGGCAGCCAACAGCACUGCUUACAAAUAAAUCACGGGGCUGAGAAAUGUUGGGAUGACUGUCAGUGCAAUGCUAGGAAACCGUCUGUCUGUUCUAAGAAAGGCUAACGACACACAGACACACAGAGGAGUCCGUCAUCAGUCUCAUAUAUAAUAUAACCAGCAGCUCUAUAUCUCUUCUUUCAC